UAGAAGGAGAGACCUCAAACUCAAACAAAAACCUAUUAAAGGUUUUUUUAAUAAUUCGUGCAUAUAGGUACCUAUACAAACAAACCUAUUCAAUUAGUUUAGUUGCAAUAUAGGUACCUACUUUUUAUACUCUUUCUGAAAUGAGUCAAGCAUCCGCUCAAAGAUUAAGCUAUCGCAUUGCAGCAGAGUCUUUGCUCCUCUCUGAGGAGAAAUGGAUUUUAGAUGCGCUGAAGAAAAUCAGAACUCAAAGGAAUUGUUUGCAGAUUGAAAGAUUGCAACUAGAAAGUAUGAGAGCUAAACUGAGAACAACCGACUCUUGCGAAGGGGAGAGCAUUCUGACGACACCUGUAGAAGAAAAAAACAAAUUCACAAAUUCGAAUUUGCUCCAAAACUCAAUGUACACAGAUCCAGUACCAUCUACUUCUACUGUGAAUUUAAUGCGGAAUCAGGGGAAGAUCACUAGUUCACAGAUAAUAGAGUUUGAGAGCAAUUUGUUGCAAGUUGAGGAGUUUUGUAAUGAAGAGGCUUUGAACCUUGAGGUUACUAACCCUGUAUUUACCAACAUGAAUGCAGAAUAUAAUAUGGAAGAGAAUGAGGAAGAAGAUGACGAGCCAGAAGAUGUCACAGUGGACAUGGAUAUGCUCAUGAAUGGAACCAACAUGGAUGACUGAUCUAAUAAAUUAGUGAACAUGAUCAGAGAUUCCGAAAAGGGUAAAUGCUAAGUUAUCAAUAAUGUGGAUCUGUAUUGAGUAUAAUCUGUAUUGAGAGUGAGAGGGUAAUUUUUUACACUUUGCAGAUUUACAUCCACUACAUGUUCACAAUGAAAAAACUUUGUUCUCCAAUACAAAAUGGCUGAUUAGUCCAAGAGUCAAAAUUUUCAUUAAAGGAAUAUCCUUUAAUGAAAAUUUCUUUAGGAAGUUGUUGUAUCUGAAGAUUUACUACUAUAAAGAAAAUGGUUGUUUUUGAAAAAAGAAAUAUCUACAUUGGAGACUAAAGAAAAGAAGGAAUUGGAAAGCAAUGUAUGAGACAAGCCCAAGAUCGUAGAGUAGCGCGAGUGAAACCUUUGUCCAGCAGUGGCUUGUUGUAGGCUGAUAAUGAUAAAGACAAAUUUUGGCCAUCUUCAAGAAGACAAUAUGAAUAGGUACCGAACAAGCAAAGUUCAAUGGAGACGGCGUCCAGUGCAAACCACUUGUUGCCAAGGUGCACAUGACAAUAACCAUUUUUAUGCUUUAGAAGACUGUCAAUAUCAAGUACCAGUUAUUAAGAGAUUAAUAAAAAUAUUAAAAUAUUGUGAAAUAAAAAACAAUUAAAACGUCAGUAAAUAAACAGUUUUGUUUUUGGCCAACUGAAGCAAAACCAAACUAGUAUACACUUUUUUUUUACAUAAUAAUAAUCCGAUAAAUAAAACAAAAAAUUUAUAUUAACAAAGAAUUUAAUAAAGUUCGUCUUACAUUUAGAUUUACAAUAGGUAAUCCAUUUAUGAAUGCUAUGUACAGUUUACAACAGUCGAGAUAAUGAAAACUGUUUCAGGCUGAACGAGAAACAAGGAGCAAGAAAUAUACAUCCUUUAAAAUACUGGUUCAUAAGUACAAGACCUGGAUAUAUCUAGAAUCUAGUGCUACAUUUUGUAUAAAGCAUCAGAUUCGCAAAGAGCGCUAAAACUCAUUCCUCAUAUAUUUAGUUCGAGAGCUUGAUAAACAAAACAUUGGCCAUAGAUUUGUAUACACAAAAAAAAAUACACUGUUACUUAGUUCAAACGGUAUCGCCAUUAUUUUUGGUCAGGCGAUUUUUGUGAUACCUAUUUUAACAUUUUUUGAAAUUAUAUUUUUGUUAGAUCGACCACCAUAAUAUGUUUUGGUAUGUAAGUCAUUGAACCACACAGUUCAGCGUAUUGAGCUUCAUAAACUUGGUGAUAAUAGAAAAAACUUAGGUGCUCGCAGUUGACAUUUACUAUGACAUUCCUGAACGUGAGUAUGCAGUGUUAUAGUAUUUUAAAGACCAUUGCAUUAAAUUCGAUUUCAUAUAAAGGAAAAUAAAUAAAUGAUAUUAAGUUGAAUUUCUUUGGAAAAUAAAUAGUUUUACAAAAUUA